AUAGAGUUGCUCAUUUAAUGAUGCGAUGGCUAAAUCGCAGAAGGUUUACUGCUAUAAGACCUCCAGUUGAGCAAUUUGAUAUGGAUGUAACUCAAGAAUACAUCAAUUGGUACAAAAACAUUACCAGGCUCUAUAUUAUCCAACCAGGAGCUAUUAUGAUCCACAACAGGUCCUAAAUAUAUGCAACGAUAACGAGCAAUACAUAGAGAACAUUCACUAUAUGUACGAUGUCCCUAUUGUACAUGCUCCAAUUCAGAGGAGACGUUCUCUAGUGCAAGAGUCCGAUCAAUUGGAAGAAGUUGACCAACACGUGGAAGAAGUGCCUCCCGUGACACAGACACAAAGCGAGCAUGGUUACGUUAGUCCAGUAAUGAUGAUGCGAGCAUUUGAAACAACAUAUUAUGAUUCAGGAGUCGGUCAAUCGUCAGACUUUGGAACAGGAUAUUAUAAUUCAAAGGCAGGUUCGUCAUCAUCAAACUUUAGACAACAAUACUGUGAUUUAGGGAGCGAUUCAUCGUCUUCAUACAUGCAUUGUCACGGGCGUGGUCGUGGAGAACAUAAUGAAUAUUUGUACUACGAAGUGCCUGCAGCGAUACUCGAGCAAUCAGAUGAGCAACAACAACAAGAGAAUCAGGAGGAAAUACAGCAACAAAGAGUUCAGAGUCGACAACCAACUAGAAAUCGUCGACGUCCAGGUUGUGGAACACAUUGAUUUUUUUUUCUUUGAAUGAAAAUUGUUAAAUUAUUGUAUUAGACAUUUUGUUUCAUAUUUAAUUAUUUUUCAAUCAAAAGCAC